AUGUGCGCAUUUCAUAGAACCGUGAGGCUAGAGGGGAGGCCGGGAGAGUGUGCAGUGGCAUACCUCAGCAUGUCUUGGAUUGUCGAUAGAUAUGAAAUUAAACGCCUUUGUCAGUGGCAUAGAUUGGAAUGCAUGGUCGACGGCACUUUUGUGGAUGACUUAGAGUCGCCCCUCUGGAAAGUAGAGCAGGCGCUUAAUGCUUCAGGUCACCCCAAUUCUAUUGGCCUAAUCACCAUCGUUACAGCAGAAUGUCCAUUGGUGCAAAGCACACAGCCUAUGUACCAUUACCACUCUCCCAUUAGUGGCGAUUGUGAGCCUGCGUUUCAGUUGGAUCUUCCUGUGCAUCUGAGAUAUGGCGCGCAGGGCAUGCACCAUAUUGCUCCCUCUCCAGUCCUCUCUCUACUGUCUGCUGUCAUUCUAUGUCUACUAUACCUCACAAUCACAAUCAUACGCAAAGGCAUAAGCAAAAAUAAAAAGUGCUCUGCCUAG